UAGAGCGUCCGGGAGGAGGCGGCAGAGCGAGCCGCCCGCAGUGACGCUGCCUCGGCGGAGGAAGUGCCGCUGACCCCCGGACAGCUCGGCCGCGCUCCUGCGCAGCAGCGUCGGCUCGCGGAUCGGAUCGGCUCGGCUGGGCUCGGCUCGGUGCGGGACUCUCUCCUCCAUCACUUCCCCCCGGAGCGAUGAGCGGCGAGGCGGGCGGGAGGCGAGCGGAGCGCGGCUUCCCGCUCCGGAGCGCCGCGGCGGAGCCGCGGAGGAGCGGGCGCUGAGCGGGGAGCCCGCGGCCGGACCACCGGAGCGGAGCGGAGCCCCGCGAUCCCGCCUCCUCUACCGCACACGGAACACGAUGCCGACGGUCCAGAAAGUUUUCCUGUCCAGCCCCCGGCCGCAGACGGCCGGUCCAGCAGAGUGAGCUCCCCCCCUCCCACACCCCCUCCGUGUCUUCCAGGACGUCCGUCCCGGUGACGCCGCCUGCCGCGGGCGGAAAUCUGGCGCACUGUCCCGCAGCGGCUGCGCCGGAGCCGCGGUAACGUCCCCACUCAGCGGAGGUCACCAUGGGGGCAAAGCAGAGCAGCCCCCCCGCCAAUCCCGCCGCUAACGGCCGGACCAGAGCCUACUCCGGCUCCGACCUGCCCUCCAGCACGGCCGCCGGCAACGGCAGGACUCCCGCCGGCGGAGGCGCGCGGUACCACGGCUACAGGGCGCCCGGAGGCUCCGGGGGCUCCGGAGGGUCCGGAGGGUCCGGAGCCGCCAGCGGCUCUGGAGCCAGGGCCAGGACCGCAGGGGGCCCCGGGACCAGACCCCAGUCUGGGAUCAACAUCCCGAACAGCGGCGGGGCUUACAGCUCCCCGGAGUCCGGCAGCAGCAGCCCGGAGGAGGCGGCCGCGGGGGGCGGGCGGGGGCCCCGGGGGCCCCGGGAGCCCCGGCUCAUGAUCGGAUCACUACCAGCACACCUCUCGCCUCAUCUGUUCGGAGGCUUCAAGUGCCCUGUGUGCUCUGUGUUUGUGUCCUCCGACGAGAUGGAUCUCCACCUGGUUCUGUGUCUCACCAAACCCAGAGUCACAUACAACGAAGACGUCCUGACCAAGGAUGCAGGAGAAUGUGCGAUCUGCCUGGAGGAGCUGCAGCAGGGAGACACCAUCGCCCGGCUGCCCUGUCUCUGCAUCUACCACAAAAGCUGCAUCGACGAGUGGUUCGAGGUGAACCGGUCGUGCCCGGAGCAUCCAUCAGAUUAAAGCUUUUUCUUUUUGCACAGGUACCCACUGUGAGAGGGAUCCGUGAGCGAAGGCGUGGAUCCAGGGAGACUGCUGGACACUGUGACCCCCCCUCCCCUCACCCGCUCACCCAAUAAUGUAGAACCACAGUGUGCCAAAUCUCAUUCAAUCUUCAGGGAUACAGAUCUUGUGUUUUAUGUUUGAGUUGCACAUUCACACUGGGCUCGGAGCGCACGGACUCCUGACGGCGGCGGCGGUUUGACCUUCGGAUUGUACGCCGGGACACGUGGAGGAGGUGACGGCGGCGGGGAGGAGCUCGCUCCUCCUCCUGCAGCAGGGUCUGCCAGUGCCUUGAUGAAAGAGACGCCCAGCACAACAGACCGCGAGCCGGGCCGCGCCGGGCCGCGCCGGGCCGCGCCGAGCCGGGCCGGGCCGCCAUCUCACCGCCACUGCCGACUUAACCCCGGAGCAGCAGGAACAAGCCAGGCGGGACCGUCCACAUCCGCAGCCCCUCCCGGCGCUGCUGCCAACAUGGUGCCAAUCGACUGUGAAUACUGUACCACGCUCUGAUCAGUGCUUUUCAAUCAUCAUCCGUGAAGAGGAGGCGUCCGGGCGCCGCCCCGGACCCCCCCACGCUCACCAGCCCCGGGCCGCCGCGGCGAGCCGGGCCAAAGACUCGCCCUCUUCAGGGGGACAAACUGUCGAUCCUCUUUCAGUCAUGAAUAUAUUUUGACAUAUUAGUGACAUUCAGCUGUGUAACAACUUAAAAAAAAAAAGAAAAAAGAAAUGAAUCUCUGAGAAAAUCAUGAUGAUCUUGCACUUUUUCAGACGUGCUUUAGAGUUUUAAAAUUGAUCCUGCAUCAUCUUUUAUAACUAAACACCCACCUGGAUCAAA